UCCCUGAAAGGGAAAUUUGACAAUAAAAAAAUCCAAAACAAUUUAUGGGUAAGUCGUGAACUAUUUACGUAAGCUCUUACAUAAACGUUCAUGCUAUAAGAUAAAAUCAAAUAAACUCUUUGUGACUAUAGUUGGAAAUUAGCAUGUAGAUACCAAAUCAUGAAUCAAACCAGGGGCACUUUUUAUUCAUAUGGCAGAAGUAGCAAUUCCCACUAAGAACUUUAUUCAACUAAAGAACUAAUCCACCAUGCCAAAAAAGUUAACAGACGAGGCUGUGAUCUUUAUUUAUGAAGUGGCAGAUGAAAGCAUUGAGUCUUCUAUCUCCCUCUGGACUUUCAACCUCAAAGAAAGCCACAAACACACACACUCACUCCCUGAAGUUACUACCAAGCCACUAUCUUUCCUGAGCAUCAAAGCACAUCCUUCAUUAUGCCAGAAACAACUACAAUAGCUAACUCAAGGGCGGAGGAGUGGCGAGCUCGUCUCGGCUCUGCUCUACGAACCACCUUGGCAUGCGGUAUAGUAGGUUGCACCACCCUUUAUGGCCCUGCGCCACUCAAGCGCUACCUCGAAUUCCCAGCUUUCUCUUACAUGACGACAAUCCUCAUAGUAUCAGAUGCAACACUAGGUGAUACCCUAAGAGGUUGUUGGCAUGCCCUUUGUGCGACCCUCCAGGUUAUGAUCUUGUCCCUACUUAGCAUGCAAGUGAUAGGACCUAGAAAAUUCACUGGCAGUGUUGUCGCGCCUGCAUUGGCGGUGGGCGUUAGUGCCUUUGUGGUCGCCUUGCCGAAAUCAACCCACUUGAUGACUAAGCGGAUUGCGUUUGGACAACUAGUGAUUGUUUAUGUGAGCACAAGGAUACAUCGUGCCCAAGCAGGAGUGGCCGUGCUCCCAAUUAAUGUAGCUUGCUCUACUGCCCUUGGAGCUCUUGCUUCUGUCCUGGCCAUGUUGUUCCCAUAUCCUCGCCUCGCAUACUAUAAGGCAAGGAAGUUCUACCGAUUAUACACUGAGAAUAUUUUUGAGAGGUUAAAAUGCAAUAUAGAGGCCAUCUCUGCCACAGACAACUCAACGGCUGCUGUUUUUUCAACGCAAGCCAAGUACCUUUCCACAACAGGAGCCAAGCUUCUGCAGAGUAUCAGAAGUAAACAGGAUGCCAUGCACUGGGAAAGGCCUCAAAUAAAAGUUUUCAAUUCCCAAUGCAUUGACCCAGAUGAAAAAUUGCAAGACUUGGAUAUCCCAAUAAGAGGGAUUGGCAUUGCUGUAUCAAAUUGCAAUUCUUUUCCUGCUGGUGUCAUUGAUGAAGAGCUCAGAGGUGUUUUGCUCAAUUGCAGAGGACAAUUCAGCCAGAAAUUAGAUCAGCAAGCCAAGUGCUUUGCUCCUCUGGAUGCAACAACUCCUGAAAUGGAAAGGGAAUUUUUGAGCAAGAACCUUUCCAUAACCUAUAAAGAUCUCCCAGCAUCAUUCUUUUUAUACUGUGUGCUACUUCUCCUAGAAGACUCAUCCACUGCAAAGAAAACUGACCACAUGGUUUUAAAAGCUGUGAAAACUGGUGAAUCCCAAUGGAGCUUCAGGAGGAUCACCGAGGUUGUAAAGAACUUGAUUCCCAGCAACCACAACCUGACCUUUGCAUUCAAGUCCUCCCUGUCAUUAGGCCUAGCUGUAUUAUUUGGUUUGAUAUACAACAAGGAAAAUGGAUACUGGUCAGGACUCACAAUUGCCAUCAGUUUCGUGACUGGACGGCAACCAACAUUUUCAGUCGCAAAUGCACGAGGACAAGGAACAGCAAUGGGAUCAAUCUAUGGAAUCCUUUGUUGCUUCAUUUUCAAAAGAUUUGAGGAUUUAAGGUUCUUACCUCUAAUACCAUGGGUCGUUUUCUCCUAUUUUCUAAGGCACAGUAGAAUGUAUGGCCAAGCUGGGGGGAUUUCAGCAGAUAUAGGGGCCUUAUUAAUCCUUGGUAGGAGGAACUAUGGCCCUCCAAGUCAAUUCACAGUUGCUAGAAUUGCCGAGGCCACAAUAGGACUCAUUUGCUUCAUCAUUGUGGAGAUUCUUUUAAGUCCCUCCAGAGCUGCAACUCUAGCAAAAUCUGAACUUUCUCAAAGCUUGACAACACUUCGAGAUUGCAUAGGACAGAUUAGAACUAUUACUCCUAACAAGAGGGAGAUGUCAUCUUCAAGUUAUGAAGCACUGAUAGACAAACAGAAGAAGCUGAAGUCAAUCGUGUGUCAAUUAGAAGAGUUUAUAGCGGAAGCUGAGUUGGAGCCAAAUUUCUGGUUUCUUCCAUUCCAUAGAGACUGCUAUCAUAAGAUUCUAGAAUCUCUAUCAAGGAUGGCAGAUCUCUUGCUUUUUGCAGCAUACUCGAUGGAAAAUGUAACAAGAUUGUCACAAAAAGAAGGAGUAUUUUGGAUGGACUUCCAAGAUCGAGUGAAUGAGAACAUGAAGAUUUUUAAGAACAAAAUUGACCCCAUACUGAAAUGCCUUGAACAAAUAACAAGGACAAAGUCUGUUCAAAAACUUGAAAAUGAGUUGAAGAACAAAAAUCUUCCUCAUGAUAUAGAGUCACAAGAAUAUCCCAAUGCAGAUGCAUUUAGGAUCUUGAGCAGAGAGGAAGAGGUCGACAGCAUUACAAGCUCUUUCAUCCUACAUCUAGAGGAGAUGACUAACAAAACUCAUACCAAAAAAGAUGAGGAGAUUCUUCUACAUUACAGUUGCUUGGGAUUCUGCACAACUAGCUUGAUGAGAGAAACAAUAGAGAUUGAGAGUGAAGUAAAAGAACUACUUAUAUGGGAGAAUCCCUCAAGUCAACCAAACUUCAAAGAAAUUUACUGUAAGAUCAACGCUCUGCGUUCAGCGUAA